AUGCCACUUGUAUUUCGUCUCCCACCCAAGGAGUACCAAUUCCUGGCGCUUCAGACGGCUGUCUACUGGGCUCUGGUAAUCGGACAUGCGGCCGCCGGCUUUGGCCUCCUUAUCGGUCUGCCUAUUCUUCCGCUUGUAGUCGUUCAGAUCGCAUUGCUCUUUCACAUCUGGUCCACGAUCACGGGUCGUGUCACGGCCUAUCCAGCAGCCGUCUGCCAGGUGCCCGCCUCGAGGACUGCUAACAGAAGCUCCGACUUGAUCUCUGCCUCGGUGCACAAGGCUUCUCUUGACGAAACUGGCAUUGCUCCGGCUGUUAAGCUCGACUCGGCAAUUGUCGAUUGCAUGCCUGUGUCUGUGCUCUGA